ACGAUUGCGAGAAGUGAGAUGAGGAAUGUGCUGCUAACUUGCAUCUUGUGUCGGACGGCGUGAUUGCAACUGUACCGUGUUUAUAGUAGUUCUUUGCUGUGUUACCUAAACUUUAGCCGUGAGCGGUAAAGAAUUGCAUAGCGAAAAGAGUUGCAGAUUGCGGAUUCAAAAACUUUAUUUGAGGUUAUGGUUCAUCUGCAGCCCGUUUUGAUUUUCGAAGAUCUUUGUUGAAUUUUAUGAGAGGACGAGUUCGUUUGAAUAGAAAUUAAGGCCGAUAUAAUGUUGACUUGUGUGGCUCAUGGUUGUCUUACGAAUCAGAACACAAGAAUCGAUGGAAAUGAUGUUUCGUUGUUCCCUUUCCCUAAUGAUGUUGCUCAAAGAAGUUCAUGGUUAAAAAUCUGUAAAUUAGACGACACUGUGGAAAGAGAGAAGCCACUCUACAUUUGCAAAUUGCAUUUUGAAAACGCGAGUUUUACAGAUUCUAUGCAACUGAAAACCAAUGCUGUUCCAACUAUUUUUGAGAAAGUAGAAGAAGGACAAAGGAAGCGUAAGUUGGAUGAUACGCUUGAGAAAGAGAUACCAAAAACUCCACCACUAAAACAGAAAAAACUGGAUGAUAAUUCUCAUGGUUUAGUAGUAACAUCGCCGCAAAGUCCUUGCACUCAACUAAUAAAAAAUGUGAAGAAGAUAAAUAGGGAAGACAAUAUGGAUACACCCACUGAGAAUGAAGUUUCAAUGAAUGGUUCUGCUAGCUCAUGUCAAACUGUAAAAAUAGGAAAGAAGCAGUACCGAUUAAAUAUACAGAUAGAUAAAAUACAUGGUAAACCAUGUCCUAGAUCUAGAAAGCUUAUGGCAUUAGCAGAAAUGAAGAAGGAGAAACAAGAGCUUUCUAAUACUACGAACAAUACAGACCAAAAGGAUCAGAACUUACAGAGAAAUACUAGAAAAGCAGUCUGUGCAAAGGGUGGUUGUAAAUUAAAGAAAUCUGUUUAUGAUUUUAAGCCAGCUUUUCAGUGCGAACACUGUGAUAAAUAUUAUGUCAUGAAGAAAUCUGAGAAUCUGGAGGAGAAGAAUACCUGUACCAUAUGUAAAAAAGACUUCCCAUCUUUACAGUCUCUGAACAAUCAUACUAAGACCCAUUUUGUGUGUGAUAUGUGUCAAACAGAAAAUAGUUCUCAAAUAGCUCAUGACAAACAUAUGAUACUACAUGUUAGUUCGGAUCCAGUUAAACCUUACAAAUGUCACCAGUGUACAGAAAUCUUUGCAUUAAAGCAGGACGUGAGGCAACACUAUUUAAUCGUUCACCCAACGAUUAAACUUCAAAACACGAUUUUACAAGUUACCGCAUCGCCCUUAACGCAACAAGUAUCUAAACAACAAGACUACCGCUGCGUCAGCUGCAAUAUGACGUUUAGAAAUGAACAUGCAUAUAGGAACCACAUAAAUUCUCACAAGAAGAAAGAGGGUCUAAGGUGCAGCAUUACCGACACCAACAACAUAUUCCCAGUACCCAAUCCCUUAACUGGUAGUCAAAUAGGCAUCCUUCGGGCCGUGAAGUUCAGUUGUAGAGUCUGUUCUAUGCAAUUCGAUAAUGUAGCGGAGGUCGACAGGCACACGAGAACGCAUCUAGAGAAAGACAACGAAGAGGAGAAGAAGUGCAAUACGUGCCAGAAGCAAUUCAAAACGAAUGCACAACUCAGCGAACACUUAAAGACUCACGAGCCGCGCACGCACCCCUGUCCCGUAUGCUCAAAAACUUUCAUUAACCGGACCACAUUGAAGAUACAUUUAAAGAGUCACGGUGAAACGUAGAUUUUGAUAGUUGACGAAUUUAAAUACUACAUGAAUCUCUGGUUUGAGAUCGAAUACUUGGUUGUUUACACAUUUUUAUUUAUCUCUGCGUGCCACAGGUGCACCAGCAGCAACUUUGAAUAAUCCGUACACCGUCUGUUACUUGUGAAAGGAGCUCUUUUAUAAAGUGAAAGAAGCUUAUGUACAUUUCUGGAAUAUGAUUAAAUUCAUGUGUAAUAAGCUA